AUGUCAUUUACAGCAUUAAACACUACGAAGGAUCUCGACAUUAUUUCAGAUCUAAAGUUGCAAUCAGAAAACAGGUUAUUAUUUAGUACUUGGUCGAAUGAAAUUUAUUUAUACUCAUGUCAAGAAUAUUUACAAGCAUCACAAUCAUCACAUAUAGAACCACCAAAAUUAAGCCCUCUUCAAGUGAUAAAAACAGAUAACUCAACACCAUUAAGUCUACUAUAUCAUCCAAGUUAUCAGAAAUCAAUAGUUGGAGCAUUAGAUGGUACAAUUUCAGAAAUAGAUUAUGAAAAUAAUAAAUUAAAUACAAUUGUAAAGAAUACAGAGGAUACGAAUAAUGGAGUUAACAAAUUAUGCAACAUCGCAAACAAUUUGAUAAUAUCGUCGUCUUUUAACGGUCUUUUAAGACUCAUUGACGUUCGAACACACGAUAUAAUUUCACAAUAUAAAAAAGAGGGCAAGAUUUUUAACAUAGAAUCAAACAAUGAAUUCAAAGUAAUUGUUACAAGAUCGAAAAAUCAAUUAGAAAUUUAUGAUUCAAGAAAAGGUCUUGCAUCUCCAAUUGAAAUUCGAGAAGUUGGAUUAAAAUAUCAAAUUAAAGAUUUGAAAAUAUGUAAUUCAGAUAAUAAUAAAUUUGCAAUAUCGACGAUAGAUGGUCGAGUCUCAAUUGAGUAUUUAAAUGAGUUAAACCUAGACCAGAGAUUCACUUUCAAAUGUCAUCGGACACAAGACAAGAUUACCAAUACUGAUUUAGUAUAUCCCGUUAAUUCAAUUUGUUUUCAGAAUGAAAAUUAUUUGUAUACUGGUGGUAGUGAUGGCUACGUUUGUUUAUGGGAUUGUGGCAAAAAGACAAGAUUAAAACAAUUUCCACAAUUUAGAACUCAAGAUAAUGAUAUUGAAAGUAUAAGUAAAAUUGAAAUUAACAAUGAUGGAAAUUUAUUAGUUGUUGGAACAAGUGAUGAUAGUUAUUAUAGAAAUAGAAGAUUAAGUCAAUCUGAAGAUAGUAAAAAUCCAUCAAAGGUAUAUAUAAAGAGUAUAUAA